AUGGCCUACGAGGUCUCCGACACCGAUCAGUUCUGUAAAGACUGCAACAGAUUCACUCAGACCGUCUUAGACCACCGUCAAGGCGACACCAUCUGCUCCGAGUGCGGUCUUGUUCUCGAAGCCCACUAUGUCGACACCUCCGCCGAGUGGCGAACCUUCGCCGACACCGAAAACGACAAUGACCCUCAACGAACCGGCGAGCCCGUCAAUCCUUUACUCCACAACGGCGGCCUCGGCACCAUGAUUUCCAACGCCAAAAACAACAACGCCGUUGGGUCUGAUAAUCAGUUGAGAAGUUUCGGCCGGGCUAACAAGAUGGUGCAGAAGCAGCAGAACCCUGAUAGGUCUCUCACACAAGCUUUCGGCGCCAUUGCUUCGAAAGCUGGCAUGUUAGGGCUUAUGAACACAGUGGUGACUCGUGCUCAACAGAUUUAUAAGGAGGCAGACGAUAAGAAGUUUUGUAGGGGAAGAAAAGACGAGGCGUUGACGACUGCUUGUCUAUUCCUCGCUUGCCAUGAAGAGGGCAACCCUCGAACACUAAAGGAAAUCGCCACGGUUGGGAAUGGAGCUAGUAAGAAAGAUAUUAAUAAGAUGAAGGAACAGUUGAAGAAAGUGCUGGAGAUGGAUAGCAAAAUCAUUCAUGCCGAGGAUCUUACGCGGCGGAGCUGCUCUUCCAUUGGUAUGAAACAUCAAGGGAUGAAGGCGGUGAACGAGACAUUAGAGAUUUUGAAGGAGUUUGAUGUGAGGAGGACGCCGAAGUCGGUUCUGGCUGCGGUUAUGUACAUGGUGGUGCAGCUCUCAAACGACGUGACAAGCCUUAAAGAGGUAUCGCAAGCCGCUGAUGUUGCGGUAGGAACAACUAAAAAGACAUACAAGGAUCUCUAUCCCUAUGCUUCAAGGAUAAUACCCAGCUGGUUUGCCAAGUUGGAGGACGUCAAUUCGAAACUUCGCAUCCCUUGA